GGCGGACCGCUUGCGAGGGACAUCGAGCGGCUGGCGGCGGCGGUUCCACUCGACCAGCGCUCUCAAAGCUCAGCAAUGCUACAAGUAUAUUGUUGCAUCGUCGGAAGACGACGAGGGUAGCGGUGUUGCGCAUGCGGUGUCAUAGGCUCUGCCGUCCUCGUGGCUUUGUCGCCCGACGCAAAGGCUAGCGUAUGGAGCUCGUCGCUAACACCCGCGGACGCCCAGGGUUCGUCAGUCAUUUGCGAUACGAGCAUGGCUCCCCGCGCCUUCUUUGCUCUUCUCGUUCUCGUCGCUGCAGUUGCCGCGGCCACGACGCCGGCGUCGACCUGCCAUGCGUGUGCGACCACCGGACGCUGCGCCGAUGUCAAGUACUGCGGUGUGUGGCCGACAACCGGCGCCUGCUGCUGUAAGCUCGACGCUGUGUGCCCUGUUCCAAUGAGCGACGGGACGUGCAAAUGCCGAGAAGCGGCGGCGACGCCGUCGACGCUCCCGUGGUUCGUCUUCCUCGUGUGCUUCUUCAUUGGCAUGGUGCGGCUCGUCAGCGACAACCCCGUCGAGGCAGGCCUCAGCCCUGUCGCGACGGCUCUCGGGUACUCCUUUUAACAUGACGCCCACCUACAUCUGCAUCCAGUACGACGAUAAAACGAUGCUCUUUACUUGAUCGAUGCCA